CCUAAAUCAAUGCGAUCAGGUUAUCCUCAAUAGAACUGUUCAUGUAGACAGUAUCAUUGUUCCAUAGUUGUGCUGUUUUAUCGAAAUCAUCUAAUCUGGGACGGUGAAAUAAAUACUUUCGUGAUGCUUAAUACCUCCAAACAGACGACGUAACUGCACAGUUUCCGGCGUUCGAUCGAGUGAGAAGAAGGAAAUCCUGCAAUUUCAAGCGAUGGCGGUCGCGAGGGCGAUAUCCGGAAGUUUGUCUGUGAAAGACCGUUGGAUUCUGGCGGCAUUCGGCACGACCGCAGCGGGCCUAUCUCUCGCUGGAUCCGCCUUCAUUGUUCUCUGCUACAUACUCUUCAAGGAACUCCGCAAGUUCUCCUUCAAGCUUGUUUUCUUUCUCGCCCUCUCUGAUAUGCUCUGCAGCUUCUUCAGCUUAGUGGGGGAACCAUCAAAUGGAUUAUUUUGCUAUGCUCAGGACUAUAGUGCACAUUUCUUUUGCAUAGCAUCCUUUCUGUGGACUACAACAAUUGCGUUCACACUUCAUCGUACUGUUGUCAAACACAAAACUGACGUUGAAGAUUUUGGAUCAAUUUUUCAUCUGUAUGUGUGGGGAACCUCUUUUGCUAUGACUGUCAUACGUUCCAUAGGCAGUGACUAUGGACCGAUAGGCGCGUGGUGUUGGACUGGGUCCGGAAAGAAGGAAAAGGUGGUUCAUUUGAUAACAUUUUAUACUCCUUUGUGGGGUGCUAUUCUUUACAAUGGGUUUACAUACUACCAAGUGAAUCGCAUGCUGAGCAAUGCAACUAGAAUGGCUGUUGGAAUUUCAGAUAGCUCUUACCGGUUUGACUCAGGGGCAGGAAGGAAGGCAUUAAAUAAGUGGGGCUACUAUCCGUUGAUUUUGAUCGGGUCUUGGGCAUUUGCUACAAUUAAUCGUAUAUUUGAUUUUCUUCAUCCCGACCAUAAGAUCUUUUGGCUCUCACUUGCAGAUGUUUGGUUUGCGGGACUCAUGGGUUUGUUCAAUUCUAUUGCUUACGGACUCAACUCAUCAGUGCGCCAGGCAAUUGCUGAAAGAUUGGAUAUAUACUUACCCGAGAAGUUCAAAAGGCUGUUUCCUCAGGCGCGUAAAAGUCAGCAACAAGACCAGGAACUAGCUUCAUUGAUGGUUGAGAGCUAGUAGGGAAAUUAUCAGUUACUGUUCAUGUGGUAACUUUGCCGCCACAACUGGUAAAGCUGUAUUUCAUUUAUAUUUAUUUGUUAUUCCAUAAGCCAAUUUAAGCUGUGGAAAGGUUGACGCAUUAAAAGUAGGAUUUUAUUAGGGAAAUUUACAUAAUUAUUAAUCAAUUCUUAUGGAUAUACGUAUCUCACACCUAAAUUUUUAUAUUUACAGGCAUAGCACUUUACCCAUGUAUGAAAGAUGGAUUUGACCAUUAAAAAAUAUAAUUAGUGUUUGAUGUUAAUGUGAUAUGAAUGAAUUGGGUGCUAUGCG